UGUCGUUUUAAAAAUGGCGGCGCUUCUUGGCAGCUCGGUGUUUUUCGCGCCGUCGCGUGGUGUUGCCGCCGUUAGUCCGCAGCAGAAAGCUUCGGUUUAGACGUGAUGAGGUGCAGGUUACCGCGCACGGUUACCGGAUGCCUCGUGUGAACCGGACGGCCGUUUUGUCACUGCUGAUCGUCAGCAGCUCAGUGUUCCUGCUGUUCCAGUUGUAUUACUACAGGAAGUACGUCAGCAAGCCUGGCCCUCACAUCCUGAGCCGGACAGGUCACCUGACUGCCAAUGACGUCCAAUGGCAAACGGUGAAAAAGUUUCUGGCAUUAGCUCAGCGCUUCAGGUUGCCACUGUUCCUCGCUGACACCACUGCACUGACGCUGCUCUCCCAGGAUGCUUUGCGGCAGCGUGACCGACUGGUACGUGAGCCACACUGCAGCUUCCUGUGCACUGGCCGGCCAGUCACGUCCUUCGCUCUGCACGCCAACCUGUGGAAAUAUGACCCUGGCUUCCUAUUGGCUGCAGAGCAGAAAGGAUUCGAUCUGCUGGAGCUGCGAGGAGAGGACCCGCGACUAGCCAGUCUGGACACCUUAUCAGGACAGGAGAUCCCCCUGCACUUCCUGUUCCGCCUCCAUGGUUACAUCAUCCAGCUGGUGUUCCUGUACGAGCGGAGCGGGAACUACCUGUGGCACGGAGCGUUACGCCUCAAAGCCAACAUGGAUCGAAGCUUCGCUCCCUUCAAACAGCUCGACUAUGGACACCAUGCAGGAGCUUACGACAGGCCGGAGCUGGUCCUGACGGUCCUGGACGGCCUCGAUGUUCAAAUCCCACGCAACGUUUCCCGCUUUCUGUCUGAGCAUCGACACGCCCACUUCCUGGAGUGCCGUUACCAUGAUGCCCGCAACUUUCUGCAGCUCUACCCUGAUGACUCGUCUCCGGAGGCCGUGGAUUUUCGGAGGAAAGCGAAGUCGUUGCUUCAUUUGGCCGCUCGAACCCUCACUCACCUGGAUGUCCCCUUCUGGCUCAGUAGCGGCACCUGUCUGGGCUGGUUCAGGCAGUGCAGUAUUAUCUCCUACAGUCACGAUGUCGAUAUCGGGAUUUUCAUCGUAGACUUCAGGCCGGACAUCGUCACGGCGUUCAGGGACGCGGGCCUGUCACUCAAACACAAGUUUGGAAAGGUGGAGGACAGUCUGGAACUUUCCUUUCUGAGUGAUGACGUCAAACUGGACGUUUUCUUUUUCUACCAGGAGGGGGAUGUUGUUUGGAACGGAGGAACGCAGGCAAAGAGCGGCAGGAAGUUCAAGUACAUCUUCCCGCUGUUCUCGCUCUGCUGGGCGGAGCUUCUGGAGCUCAAAGUUCGCGUUCCGUGCGAAACGCUGGACUACGUGAAAGCGAACUACGGCGCCACGUGGAGCGUCCCGGUGAGGAGCUGGGACUGGAAGUCGUCGCCUAGCAACGUGCAGGAAAAUGGGGUGUGGCCUCCAGCGGAGUGGGCGGAGCUUAUCCAGGUUUAUUGAGAGGAAACAAAACGAAGGAAACACUGAAACUACGAAUAAAGAAGAAAGAAAAAAAAAAAGACGUUUGGCUGAUUUGUUUUUUCACGUGAGAAUCUGAAAACUUUCUGCAGACGAGCGCAUGAUGUCAGUCACAUGAUGUCAGUCACAUGAUAAUAAUAGACUGUAGAAAACUUCAUGAAAGAGCUCAUUGUAACAUACAGUACAUGUACUACAUGUUAUUUAAUCAGUCUCUGUAUGUUUCCCUUCAUAAUAAAAGCUGAAUGUGUUCAUGUUUAUUAAAACCCUGCAUUAUUCCACCUUUAGACUGCACUCAGGUCAGUUGAACUGAUACUGAAUGUACAUGAAUUGUUUCUACAGCAGGAAGACAGAUUUUAAACGUGAUGAUUUGCAUUUGUUUGACCCUGUUUUCAAUGAUCCAUCCGACAAUAACCGUUUUAGACGUAGACGUGUCAAUAGUUAAAUACAUCUACUGAAACUUUAUUUCUACU